CACGCCAAUUCUUAUGCUGCUCUAUUUAUGCCAAUUUUUCCCACCUCAUUUCCAGUCAGACUAGUGAAAACCACUGAAGGUUCGAUUUUUUGCCUAACAUCACAUAAUAUUUUUGUCGUUUUUACAUUAUGCCCACAUUAUUAAAACCACUUACAAACAGUCCAUGACGAACCCCUAAUACCCGAUUCUACCCUCCGAAAAAGGAGUAAAAACAACCCCGUCCCACAAAUCUCAUUCAUGAUCUCGUUUAUCAUUUCAUUCCAGCUGGUCAUAUUCCCUGCUACGUUUGAACCUUCGAUUUUGGGAGUAAAUAAGUACACUAUUUAACAGAAUAAGUACACAUUUCGCACAAAAAUAUCAGUCCGUUUCACCACCUUUACACUGCAACGUCCUCACCAACCAUGACGACCUAACUCUACCAAAGUUUGUAUACUACAACCAAUUGGUGACAGCUCUUAUCGCCACGACAAUUUUUAGUUUGGGUUAUGUCCCAUACUUUAUAACGUGGAGGGAUUUAAAUAAUGCUUUAAGUGGAGUGAUGAUACCUCCGGGUGACAAUAAUAACUCGGGGAAUGGCGACGCUCAGAUUGCCAGACACCGAAAACGUAACAGGGACGCACUUGUACUAGUGUUUUAUGUCUCGUUUCUGAUGGGCAUGAGUUUGAGUGAAAGGGUCAAUAUGAAUAAGACGUGGCGCAAUGAACUUGAACGAAUUAAAGAAAAACAGUCGUUAAACUUCACGAGAGAAUUUGUCAUCUCGAGCAAAUCGUCCACUCUUCUUUUAAACACGACAACAAGAACGGAGUGGAGGAAGCUUUCAGAUCAUGAUGGGAUUCAACGUGGCGAAGAAUUUCGCCAAUUUAUAAAAUCAAUUAUUAAAUCGAUGGACACGAACCUGAAUACAAUUCGAAAUCGGACAUUUCACCAUGCUCCCCUUUCCCCUGCACCAAUGAGAAAUUCGACACUAUCGGUUGAUGAGGACGUUAAGAUAAUACUAUGCAAAGGGUCGAUUGAUACAGAUAAAACGCAAAAUUCAGACCAACCUUCGCAUUCAAAUAUCACGGCACGAUUCCCUCUCGUGACGGACAAUUGGACACAAUUCGUUAAUGAAACAAGUGGAACGCAAGAAUUUAGCAUAUUGGACCAAUUUUUCUACAACUAUGCGCCCCCAUUCUUCCUCAUACUCGGCGCAAUGACGACACUUUUGUUUGGGCAUUUCCAAUGGCGUGUAACAUGGGACAUCGCGUGGGCCUCAAACGACAUGCGCACGCGGCUCGAUAAUCCCGACCCCCCAAGUGAAUAUACUCACCGUUUCGUAGAAACUAUUCAGCGCUACAUUCAAAAACGCCAGCGUAUUUGGGUCCUGGAAGGAACACUUGUGUACUUCCUCAUGAUACUUAUUGCACACCUGGUAGUAAUUUACAUGUUGAAGAACAAUAAUGUAAUUGAUGGGAUAGGGAAGUUCGACCAGGGAUGGAAAUUCAAAGGGGAAUUUUACGUGCCAUUGGAUGAUGAGAGAUUCCUUGAAUUUAAAACGACGACAAAUUUAAAUUGGAAAUUCGUUAAUGAUUAUGAAGAUGCAAAAUGUUCCAUGAAAAUUGACUGGGUAAAUGAGGUCAAAUUUAUAGAGCUUUUUGCUUUGGCGAUAGGUAUGGGAUGAAUUUCGUUGAAACUAUUUAACCCAACUUUAAAUACUUGUGUAAAAGUAAGAUUUAUUACCCGUAAAAAUACUCAUGGAAAAUUGCGCAUGUUUCCUCCUCCUAAGAGAAAAUCUUCAGUCAGAAAUAUUCAUAUUUUGGGUGGAUAUAUAUGUAAUUGGAUUCACCAUGUAAUUCUGAACUCGUACUGAAAGAAAUAAGAUGCGCAAGCAUCUAAAAAAUCAACUGUAGGCUAAGGAACAUGAUUUGAUAAAUUGGAAAUAUAUUUAACAAAUUGGAUACAUACAUACCUGCAAAAAUUAAAAAUCUAUUUCUUCAAAAUCCUAUGAGAAAUAAUAUUUGCACUUAAAAUUUCAGAUGUACAUUUCUGUGUGAUGUGUAACUAAAUACAAAAUAAACACGUCGUAUUUAGAAAAAUGUGCAUAUUUAAAAAAUUUGGAACAAUUUGGAACAAUUAAGUAAUUUUUCUACCAAGAAAAUUUUGCAUUCUUAAAAGCUUUCCAAUUCCUGUAUUUGUACAUGAAAUACUUAUUUAUCGUAUUACAAAAACAAACAAUAUAAAUUUAGAGUUUAGCUAAUUUUUCCUUAUUUAUGUAUAAAUAGGUAAUUUAAAUUUGUCGUGUAAAAUAGAAAGAAAACGAUAAACACAUGAUAACAAAAUGUCGAUGUAACACUUUUUCCAGAUUUUAAUAAAAAAUUCAACCAAGUUGGAGAUUCCUGAUUGUUCGAAAAUACGUAAAUAUUUUAUACUAAGAUUUCUUACCUAGGCAUUUCUAAAUUGUCUUCUCGAUUUCGAAAAUGACGUAAAAACACAAUAAAUCGUCUCAUACUCAUUCAAUCUACAAGAGUGGACUCAAAAUAUUUAUGUACUUGACAUUGUCCUCCACUGCGGAAACUUUCUGGUGU